GAUGCCCCCCGGCGGCGGCGGGCCCAUGAAAGACCGCGAGUACAGUCAGAUCAGCACCCACAGCUCCUCCCCCAUGGAGUCGCCCCACAAGAAGAAGAGGAUCGCGGCCCGGAGAAAAUGGGAGGUUUUCCCGGGAAGAAACAAGUUCUUCUGCAACGGGCGCAUCAUGAUGGCUCGGCAGACGGGCGUCUUCUGCCUGACCCUCGUCCUCAUCCUGGUCACGAGCGGACUCUUCUUCGCCUUCGACUGCCCGUACCUGGCCGUGAACAUCACCCCUGCCAUCCCCGUGGUCGGAGGCGUCCUGUUCCUCUUCGUGAUGGGCACCCUGCUGCGCACCAGCUUCAGUGACCCCGGAGUCCUGCCGCGGGCCACGCCCGAUGAGGCUGCCGACCUGGAAAGGCAAAUAGAUAUUGCUAAUGGCACCAGUUCAGGGGGGUACCGCCCACCUCCCAGAACCAAAGAAGUCAUCAUCAAUGGCCAGACUGUGAAACUUAAAUAUUGUUUCACCUGCAAGAUUUUCCGGCCACCUCGUGCCUCUCAUUGCAGCCUUUGUGAUAACUGCGUAGAACGUUUUGAUCACCACUGUCCCUGGGUAGGCAACUGUGUGGGGAAAAGAAACUACAGAUUUUUUUAUAUGUUUAUUUUAUCUCUGUCUUUUCUGACAGUCUUUAUAUUUGCAUUCGUUAUCACCCACGUCAUUCUUCGUUCACAACAAACAGGAUUCCUAAAUGCCCUUAAGGACAGUCCUGCGAGUGUGCUGGAGGCCGUGGUGUGCUUCUUCUCCGUCUGGUCGAUCGUGGGCCUCUCGGGUUUCCACACCUACCUGAUCAGCUCCAACCAGACGACGAACGAGGAUAUUAAAGGAUCUUGGUCGAACAAAAGAGGAAAAGAAAACUAUAAUCCCUACAGCUAUGGAAACAUCUUCACAAAUUGCUGCGUGGCCCUGUGUGGGCCCAUCUCUCCAAGCCUCAUCGACAGAAGAGGGUACAUCCAGCCUGACACCCCCCAGCCAGCUCCGCCCUCGAACGGGUUGGCCGCCUACGGGGCCACGCAGUCGCAGAGUGACAUGUGCGACCAAGACCAGUGCAUUCAGAGCACCAAAUUCGUUUUGCAGGCAGCGGCCACCCCCCUGCUGCAGAGCGAGCCCAGCCUCACCAGUGAUGAGCUGCACCUGCCGGGGAAGUCGGGCCUGGGCACUCCCUGCACCAGCCUGACGCUUGGACAGCCCACGCCGCCCUCCUCCAUGCCCAACCUUGCCACCGAGGCCACGCUCACAGACAUACUGCCCCUGAAAGAGGAGCCCAUGGGCCACCAGUUCCUGACCCCAGAGGAGGCGCCCUCACCGCCCAGGAUGCUGGGGGGCAGCCCUCUGGCCCACAGCCACACCGUGCACCUGCUGGGCCUGGCCAGCCAGGACUCCCUGCACGAGGACUCGGUGCGAGGCCUGGUGAAACUCAGCUCCGUGUGACCACGUGUCCCGGCCAGGGACAGGAGGCUGGGGCUGGUCCCAGGGAACGCUUUCCCAUGACCCAAGGCCAUGGUGGCAAGGACGACUCCGGGUCCUGGUGCGCACAGGCCACGGAUGAAGACGGGACCCUCUGAUGGCUGGGCCCAGCCGGACGCAGCUGCUCCCAGCUGGGUUUUAUUUGGAUUCUCUUCCCCACCCGGCUGCUUAGAUGACAGGCAGAGAGAGGGGCCAUGUUCCGGUGCUGGGGAUGAG